UGGUCUUUAAUAUCUCAAUUGUCCUUCACCCAAAUCUUUUAUAGAUAACUGAGCUACGCUUUCUGUAUUCCAACUCAGUCAAGCUCUCACCCACGUUUCCUACCUUGUCUUCCUCAACAUGAAAAAGACCUCUCCUUGAGUAAGACUUGGUUGGACAAAAUAACAAAAAGCCCACAUCAAGAUGAAAGGUCAUUGAAAAAGUUGUAUUUCUUUGUAUGGAUCCCUUCAAUGUUAGACGAUGUAUAUUGACGGGCACCUUUGCCCCAAAGUAUAACAUUGCCGCCUGUUUCACGCAAGGCUGCAGCGUUCUGGCCAAAUAGGCUACUGGCGCGAUCUCAUAAAUGGUUGUCCAAAUAAGUCCAUUAGAAUGAAAAUCAUAGCUCAUUUGGGUCUAGGUUGAAAAAUCGAGUUAUUCUUUAAACUAAAAGUAACAGGUAAAAAGUGUAAACAAAUUUUUAAAGUCCUUUUCUAUUAUGUAGACAUGAAUGCUAGCGAAUGGAUACAAACUCUUCUAAUCUCAGGAUUGUGUAUCCCGUCCUUCUGUGCCGACUACCGCCAACACUGUUUAAUUGAAACCCCAAAAUCCUGGUUUGAUGCCCAGAGCUACUGCAGAGAGGGAGGCUAUGACCUGGCCACCAUAGACGACAUGGGGGCAAUGAAUUCACUGCUGGCCUUAAAUGCAGACAGAGCUGAUGAGCUGUGGAUCGGUCUUCAUUAUGGGGGUCCUGAAGAGUGGCAUUGGUCGCUGGCAGACGAAGAAUUCUACCAAAAGGGAGAGAGAGAUUACCGCAAUUUCGGAAGAAUGGACAAUACCGAUCGUUAUGUUAGUCACGAACAUGGCAAGUGGAAGACUGCUGACAAUACACACUUCUGGUUUCUGUGUUAUGAUGGGAACAGGCAAGGUGGAGACCGAUAUGUCUUGGUUAGAAGGGUGAUGAGCUGGACGGGGACGCAGUUGUACUGCAGGAGUCACCACACGGACCUGGUCAGCAUCAGGAACCCAGAGGAGAACCAGGCAGUCGCGGAGAGACUUGGUCCGUAUGAUGUCAUGAUUGGCCUCUUCAAAGAUGCGUGGCACUGGUCGGACAAGCGCAACUCCUCCUUCAGACACUGGGAUCAAGAUUCAUUUGUUGCCCUCUUUCCUCAAAGUUGCGCUGUGAUGACUGGCAAAGGUCCUGGACGAUGGAGCCAACGAUCCUGUGAUGAGUUGCAUCCGUUUCUCUGUACAUGUACUAGAAGAUGGGUUGUCAAGGUGAAGGUGCGUUCAGAGGACAUCCAGGAACUGAAUGACCCUGCCACCUUAAAACAAACCCAAAAGCUGCUGAACGAAGCGGCUUUGAGCAACCACCAUAAGAUAGCGUGGAGAACCAAUUCUGACGGACUGGUCUUCACCAAGGCGCAGUGUCAGGAAGAAGACUGCAAUGUUUAAACUGAUCCACUGAACGAGUGCAAUCCCAAGACCUCUGUAAUAUUGAAUAGUCUCACAAAUCUGUAGAUUUUAGAUAUCUAAAGUCUGUCUGCAGAUGACCUCAAUUCUGCUGAAAGGAAAUCAGUAAUCAGUAACCCUUUUCUCAGUAACCUAUUUAUAUUUAAUUUGAUGAUGAACAGCAUAACCAUAACAGGAAUGAAGAUGUAAGGGACUAUUUAUUUUUGUAGGAACCAUGAAUGCCAAUGGGGUCACAUGUCUUAUACCUUAAAGACAUGAUAAGCUCGGUUUUCUGGAUGCAUCGGAUCCUGUGUUUCAGGGCAACAUUAUGUAGGUAUAAUGAAGUAAUUGCGUUUCUUGAAUGUAUAAUCAUGAGUUUGCUAUAUAUGACCAAUUCUUAAGUUUGGCUAGCUGUAUGAUGUAACUAAAGAAGGGUUAGCCUUAAAGAGUAUAUGAGGCUCAGCCUCUGAGCAGAAUGUUGGAGCUACAGAGACUGCUGAGUGACACAUGUCCACUCCACAUAUUCAGGUUCAGGGCUGAGACUUGACUUUUUCAGGCUUUAACUUUGUUUCGAUCUAUCUAGUUAGGAUUUUGUCUUUCAACGUAGGUGUAUCUCACCAUUGGCUAACAUAUAAUUUAAUAUGUUCUUUGAUUUGAGUUAUAAGAUGUUUAAAUUAUUUUUUGUGGAGGAUUGUUUGAUUUUGUUUGAUUGUUUAUUGAUUGUUUGAUUUGAUACAUACUGAUUAACCUGAAUCAAAUUUAGAUUAUAGCUCAAGGCAAGAUUUGUUAUGAGAAAUAUUGGCCUAAAUUGUUUCAGUUUUCAUCCAUCCAUGGUUUAUUAAUCGCUGUGUUUAUCACACAUCAGAAUUAUAAUCUAUUGAUCUUUCCUGGUUGACUUGUCAAUAAGGUAUUAAGGUCCCUCUGCCUCUAUACUCUGGAACUCCCAACUUAUUCUCUGAGAUUUCGGUUGGCUGAUCUUCAAAUUAAAAUGCACAAAUAUUGAAUGGGAAGCCAUUCAAUUCUUCGUUUCAGUUUAGGAUUUCAUAUUGGUCUUGAUGAUUAUAAUGCAUUGUAACAAUGUCCCUGCCACAUGCUACAU